AUGGAAUAUUAUUCUUGCUUUUUAUUUUGCAGUCAUCUCGUACGGGAUGUCGCGGGUAACCUCCACCGCCCUCCGCCGUGGACGGUGGAGUCAAACCAAAUGGUACUGCACUUAACGGCGCAACCUUGGAUAAACGCCGGCGAGCCGGAGGAAAAUGUCACCGGAAAAAGGUUGGUCGUUCGCCUGUAUGGAUCGAGCCACUUGUUCUGCAUGAAACGGUGCUUCCGCCACGGCGGAAGGUGGAGGCCUUCGCUCUUCAACGAUCGCUUCGCCAUUUCGCUUGUUACCGGUCCAUCACCUUCUCAUCCCACGGGUCAGUUAUGCUCUUCAUCCUCGUAUAACUAG